CCGCUUUCUACAACAACAACAAAUGCCGACGACCAUUGACGAAGAGGAGCUUGAGGAUGAAGAUGCGGAGGAAUUGGAACCGGAGACGGCCGAGGAGGAGGGUGCCGGCAGCCACGACGCCGACGCGCCUGCCUCAUCCCAAACCGCCACCGGUAAUAAAAAAAGUAAGUCUGAACUAAUGAAAAAUAAUUUUGAUAAAUGGAAGGACCCACAAACCGGCUAUUGGCACGCAACUUGCAAGUGGUGCAACAACAAUUAUAGUUUGGGAACCUCCGGCGGAUACGGAUCCGCCGCAAGGCAUCUUAAGGCAAAGCACCCCGUGGAGUAUGCAAAAUUAGGCGGCGGAACGGGGAAGCAAACUCAAAUAUCGAGUGAAUUUCCAAUGUAUGACGAUAACCCCAUAGAUCCGAAAACGGAAUACAACGAGACUGGUGGAAGUCAAAAGAAAGAACGUUCCCGAUUUUAGCACGGAUGGCUAAGCAAGUACUAUCAAUGCCGGUUUCAACAAUUGCUGUGGAACAAGAAUUUAGUUCGGCCGGCAACGUCCUAACGGCAUCUAGAUCGAGAUUGAGCGCGGAGUCUCUUGAAACGCUUAUAUGCUACCACGAUUGGUUGAAGGCCGCACGUAGAACUCAAGAAUUGAGCAUCACCCCCUCCCAAGAUUUUAUGGAUGACUCAACAACCGAUGGUGGCUCUACCUAUGCCGGAGAUUCCGAUUGAUUAGUAUUUUAGAAUUUAUUACAAAAUGUAUUAUAUAGCACUUGUCAAAUUUAUUUAUACUUGUACUUCAUAUUUCAAAAUUGUAAACUUGUACUUCAUA